UAGAGGGGAAGAGAGUGGAGGGGCACGACAGGAAGGUGUUCCCAGCUCGAGUGUUCCGUCCCGCCCUCAGGUACGGCGGCAGCGGAGACGACGGACCCCGAAGGACCAUGUCACUAGACUUUGGCAGUAUAGCUCUUAAGACUCAAAAUGAUGAGGAAGAAUAUGAUCAAGAGGAUUAUGCCAGAGAGAAAGAGCUGCAGCAAUUAUUGACAGACCUUCCUCAUGAUAUGCUGGAUGAUGACUUCUCUUCUCCAGAGUUCAACCUUUCUGACUGUAGUGAGGAUGCCACAGUGGGACAAGCACAUCAGGUUCAAGAACCAGAAAGAAGCUGGAAUGAACAUCAAGUACUGCCUAAACCCCAAAGUGGCUUUAGAUGAUGUUCAGAAUUUGUAUCCUGGAGAGGAACAUGCCAAUGGUUGGGAAGAGACCAUCACAGAAAAUAUGAAGAUAUAUAUACUGGGUGCCAUAUUGAAGAAGGUCAUGAUGGAGGUGGAAGGUGGUUACAGUUCUUCAAAUGACUAUGAACAGAAUGAUUUAUAUCAGCUUCCUGAAAACUUUAGGACCAUAUACCAAUGGUCAGAAGCAGGAAAUUUAAUACCAACCAACCAAAAUAAUAAAUUUUCCAGAUGGUCAAAGGA